GCGUACAUUAAAAUAAUUUCUUACCAAUGCGUUCUCCACCUGCAAAAGAUGAAGUUUACUAAAACUUAUCUUUAUCAAUAGGCAUAGAUUCUGGUUGUUUCAAAGAGUUUAGAAAUUCCGUGUAAACUAUUUAUUAAGUAAAUUCACCAUGCUGCAGAAUUUGAAGAGACUGUUGAGCGAUGAUGAGAAUGAGCAUCAACAUCAAGACCAAGCACAUUCACUCCCGCCAUCGUCACAAUCAUUCACAUCUUCUGGUUCACAGUUACAACUUUCAAACACUCAAGAACAAUAUUUGAAGAAAAUUAGACCAAAUGAACUGGAAGGUCCUUCCGAGUUUGAAAGAGAACUCUUGGAUAUGUCCCAAGCCCCAGUGCUGAAAUCUGAAGAGGAUCAAGGCUGGGAAAGACCACCAUUACCAAAAUCAUUCGAUCCAAGCACAACCGAUAUCACAUUUCAACAAUUGGAUGCAGAAGAAACAUCAGUUGGUGAUCUCACAAUUGCGAGGUUUUUCGGAAUAACUGAGAUGGGUCAUUCUGUCUUGUGUAAUGUGACAGGCUUUUUACAUUACUUUUAUGUUCCAGUACCCAAGGGAUUCUACCGUGAUCAACAUUUGGAUCGUUUCAAGACAUAUGUACAGAAUAACUUCCAAGGCGUGGAUGAUAUACAAAUCACUUUGAAAGAGUCUAUCUGGGGUUAUAAUAAGAAUGUUAAGGCUCCAUUUUUCAAAGUGGUGGUUGAAAACGCGAGAAAUAUUUCAAAACUUAGAACCGCGUUUGAACGUGGUGAUGUCCGAUUCGAAAACCUUUUCCCACCUCAAAAUGUCUCUUAUGAUAAUAUCAAUUAUCUCUUGAGGUUGAUGGUGGAUUGUAAAAUCACUGGUAUGUCAUGGAUAACACUUCCAAAGGGUAAGUAUGAAAUUGUUGAUCCUGACUUGAAGAUUUCCACCACUCAAUAUGAAUGUUCCAUUGACUACCGUGACUUGAUCUCGCAUGCAUCUGAAGGGGAAUGGCUUAAAAUGGCUCCUCUUCGUAUUUUAUCCUUUGACAUUGAAUGUGCAGGUAGAAAGGGUAUUUUCCCAGAAGCUGAACAUGAUCCAGUAAUCCAAAUCGCAAACGUCGUGCUGAAAUAUGGUGAUUCUAAACCAUUUGUACGUAAUGUUUUCACAGUCAAUACAUGUUCUCCUAUUAUUGGUUCUCAGAUCUUUGAACAUGAAAAGGAAGAACAAAUGCUCAUGCAUUGGCGUGACUUUGUCACUCAAGUGGACCCGGAUAUUAUCAUUGGUUAUAAUACCGCCAACUUCGAUAUUCCAUAUUUACUUGAUCGUGCCAAGGCUUUGGGUUUGAAAAACUUCCCAUACUUUGGUAGAUUACCAACCAUAAGACAAGAGGCAAAGGAUUCCCUUUUCAGUUCGAGAGCAUAUGGUACCAGAGAAAAUAAGGUUGUUAAUAUUGAUGGGAGAAUGCAAUUGGACUUGUUACAAUUUGUUCAAAGAGAAUAUAAGCUCAGAUCUUAUACAUUGAACUCUGUAUCUGCUCAUUUCUUAGGUGAACAAAAGGAAGAUGUCCAACAUUCGAUUAUUACUGAUUUACAAAAUGGUACAAAGGAAACUAGAAGACGUUUGGCUGUUUAUUGUCUUAAAGAUGCAUACCUUCCUCUCCGUUUAUUAGAAAAACUUAUGUGUCUUGUUAACUAUACAGAAAUGUCUAGAGUAACAGGUGUACCGUUUUCUUACCUUCUUUCAAGAGGUCAACAAAUUAAGGUUAUUUCUCAAUUGUUCCGUAAAUGUCUUGAAGAUGAUAUAGUAAUUCCAAAUAUGAAGGUUGACGGUUCAAAUGAAGAAUAUGAGGGUGCCACAGUCAUUGAACCAAUUAGAGGGUACUAUGAUGUUCCUAUCGCUACAUUGGAUUUCAGUUCUUUGUAUCCUUCCAUUAUGAUGGCGCAUAACCUUUGUUAUACUACAUUGUUGAAUAAGCAAUCUGUGAAAGCAUUCAAUUUACUGGAAGAUGACUACGUAUUAACACCAAAUGGAGAUUAUUUCGUAAAAGAACAUAAAAGAAAAGGUAUUUUACCAACUAUUUUAAAUGAAUUGCUUACAGCUAGAAAGAAGGCAAAGAAUGAUUUGAAAAAGGAAACUGAUCCCUUUAAGCGAGACGUCUUAAAUGGUAGACAAUUAGCAUUGAAGAUUUCUGCUAACUCUGUUUAUGGUUUCACUGGUGCAACAAUUGGUAAACUUCCGUGUCUUGCUAUUUCAUCUUCUGUUACUGCAUUUGGGAGAGAAAUGAUUGAAAAAACUAGGGCUGAAGUUCAAGACCAAUAUUCCAUUAAGAACGGACACCCAUAUGAUGCCCAAGUUAUUUACGGUGAUACUGAUUCCGUUAUGGUAAAGUUUGGUUAUCAAGAUCUUGAAACGUGUAUGAAGAUGGGAGAAGAAGCUGCCAACUAUGUUUCGACCAAGUUCAAGUCACCUAUAAAACUUGAGUUCGAAAAGGUUUAUUUCCCUUACUUGUUGAUCAAUAAGAAAAGAUAUGCCGGUUUGUACUGGACAAGACCAGACAAAUUUGACAAAAUGGACACCAAGGGUAUUGAAACUGUUAGACGUGAUAAUUGUCGUUUAGUCCUGAAUGUUAUUACAAAAGUUUUGGAAUUCAUUUUAGAAGAAAGAGAUGUGGAUAAGGCUGAAAGGUUUGUGAAGCAAACAAUUGCUGAUCUUCUUCAAAAUAGAGUCGACUUGUCUCAAUUGGUUAUUACUAAAGCAUACUCGAAACAAGAUUAUUCGGCGAAACAAGCGCAUAUUGAAUUAGCCGAAAGAAUGAAGAAAAGAGAUCCAGGUUCUGCUCCCACACUUGGUGAUAGAGUUGCAUAUGUUAUUAUUAAUGCUGCUGGAGCUAAAAACUAUGAGAAGUCAGAAGAUCCACUUUUUGUAUUGGAAAAUUCGUUGCCUAUCGAUGUAAAGUACUACUUGGAAAACCAGUUGUCUAAUCCGCUUAUGAGAAUUUUCGAGCCUAUUUUGGGUGAAAAAAGGGCAAAAGAACUUCUUGCUGGUGCUCAUACUAGAACCAUUAAGAUGUCUGCUCCGAAAACAGGGGGGUUGAUGCGUUUUGCGAAGAAAGCUGAGCUUUGUGUGAACUGUAGAACUCCAUUGAAACCAGGUAAUAAAGGUGCAAUUUGUGAAAACUGUUACGAUAAAGCCCCACAACUAUAUGGAAAUGCAUUAGCACAAAUGAAUUAUUUGGAGAAUAAAUUUUCUAGAUUGUGGACUGAGUGUCAGAGAUGCCAAGGUUCAUUGCACCAAGAGGUAUUAUGUUCAAACAAGGAUUGUCCAAUCUUUUACAUGCGUAAGAAGGCACAAAAGGAUGUGAACCAACAAAGUCGAGAAUUACAAAAGUGGGACCAAACAAUUUGGUAGCUGUUAAUAUUACAUUCG